AUGAUGCUGCUGGACGAGGGCCAACCGAUGUACUUGGAGACACGCUAUGGCGGGACCGAUAUGGAAGGCUGGCCAGUGGGACCGCAAUUCCAGAUCAGCUGGACCGCGGAGAAGGAAGUAAUCCCGCCACUGGACAGUCUCAGUGAUGGCUGGUACAAAGACUUUGAUGAUCUUUGGAUGAAUGCCCUGGGACACCUGGAGAAGCGAGGCCUCCUGAGCGAGGAGACCUUGGAGUAUCUUGAUGCAGAUCCCUUCGUACUUUUUGGGAUCGACGAUCCCUUGACUCAACAAGCUCUCGCGAAGCUGGAUAAAUUUCCAGCGCUGCUGUGUGAUGGAACCGGGAUUGUGGAACUGCAACUUUUCGUUGUGGGUGAAGCUCCAGGCUACAAAGGCAUUGGCAGCAUCGUAUGCUAUUUGAGAGCAGACACUGGCCAGGUGACCUGGAAGCAUCCUUUCUACGACUACUUCCGUCAGCUGCGGGAGUUCUGUCGCCAAGCCACCCGUGAUGAGGUGAUGCAAGUUCGGUGCAAUCGUCUCCUUUGGAGCUAUGAGGCCACUCGAGUAGAGGCAGAGCACGACCAGGAGCCCUUGAUCUCUCCCAUGUACGUUGCGCGAUUGGGCGAGAUCUUCGGUUUUGAUGUCAAGACCCAAGGCUGUGUGGUGCGGAACUGCAAGGCCCAGCUGAAGGCCUUUGCCAAAGAGUACCGCCGCACUCAGGAUGUGGACAUCAACUUAAUUCGCGAAUGCAAUGAAAUGCUCCAACGCGAUUUGGAGAAGUACGAAGAGAUGGUGCUACAUUGGUCAGGAGCCGUGAAGGAAGAAGUUAAGUUUAAUCUCAACUUGCUAUCUCGAGGAGAGGUGAACUGCGUGAAUUGCGAAGCAACAGCACUUAGCUUUUGCUUGGAAUGCAAGGACUACCUGUGCUUGAAGUGCUACAGUGACCUGCACAGUAAGGGCUUCCGCAAGUCUCAUGCACCCUUCUGCUUGGUCCCCUGUGCGCUUUGUGUGGUCCUGCCCGCGAAGAUCCAUUGCACCUUCACGGACAAGUCGCUGUGUCACAAGUGCUACGCAAUGAAGCACAUCAAGAUGCUACCCAGAGAUGGCAAGGAAAACCAACCCAGGCGCAUCAACUAUGUGGAACAGUACAACAGUCUCUUGGACAGCUUAUAA